AUGGCAUCCGCAAUAUCCUUCAAGUCUUCAAAUUUGGGGUCCCAGAUGGGUGUGAACAACGGCUCGGUCACCAACCACUUCUACAUGCCUAGUAAUGAAGAAAGCCAAACAAAUACUAGGCCCUGUGACCAAUCUCAAGCUCACUAUGUUGUCCCAUUCUUAGAGAAUCGACACUUUACUGGCCGUGAAUCCACGCUGGAUGAGCUUAAGCAAAAGCUCUUUUCCCAAGCGCAUACCGAUAAAUUGGCCCUAUUCGGACUAGGUGGCAUUGGAAAAACCCAAAUUGCUCUUCAGCUUGCCCAAUGGGUGAAAGCAAAUAUACCAGACUGUUCUAUCUUUUGGGCUCCUGCCUUCAGUCUCGAGAGUUUCGAGCAGGCUUGUUGGCAAAUUGCGAAAGAGCUUCAAAUCCAUCAGAACCUAGAUGGUGAAAGUGCGAUGGAAUUAGUGCACCGGCAUUUAAGCUCUGAGAAAGCCGGAAAGUGGCUUUUUAUUGUCGAUAAUGCCGAUGACCUGGACUUGCUUUUCGAUGAGCUUAAUCAGUAUCUCCCUGCGAGCAAGAAAGGUGUAACUUUCCUUACCACUCGUUCCCGCGAGGUGGCGGUGUCUUUCGCAGAAAAAGAUAUUGUUGAGCUCCACAAGAUGACAACAAAGGAAGGGAUCACCUUUCUGGCUAAAAGUCUUGGAGAAGAUUUACUAAGUGACGAAAAACUCACGAUACAACUACUAGAGCAGCUAAACUUGCUACCUCUAGCUAUCGCACAGGCAGCUCACUAUAUUUGUCGGAAUAAUGGAACGAUCGCGCGGUAUCUCGAGCUUAUGCAUAUAACCGAAGAAGACCGGAUGCGUCUAGCGAGCAGGGACUUCCGCGAUAGCACUCGGUACCGCAAAAUGCCAAACGCGGUGACUGCUACAUGGCUUAUCUCAUUCAAUCACAUUAAGAGCUUCGAUCCCUCUGCUGCGGAUUUGUUGGAGUACAUAUCUUACCUUGAGCCAAAGGCAAUUCCGCGGUCUAUUCUCCCUAUCCUUAAUACAGAGGAAGAGAUGGACUUUGCAAUUGGUACGCUGUGUAGCUAUGGGUUUUUAACCAGAAGACAUAACAAGGACAUGUUUGAUAUCCACAGCCUCGUACAACUAUCAACACGAGUGUGGAUAACAGAGACACAUAGGACACAACAGGUCAUCACAACUGUGACACAACAUAUGGAUAAGUGUUUUCCAUCUGAUGAAUACAAAGAUCGCGAUAAAUGGAGGAUGUGCCUUCCUCAUGCCCUUGAAAUUCUUAGAAGAGAGGAAAGUCUAAACUUGACUGAGAGGUAUAGCUUACUUUCCAAGGUUGGAAAUUGCUUUCUAGAGGAUGGCCGAGCAAAAGAGGCUGUGGAUAUUUUUGAAGAUGUGUGUGUAUGGACUGGAAGCCACUUUGAUGAAGAACAUCUCUCUCGACUGACGUCUCAGCGGAAACUCGCACGAGCAUAUCAAUCCGAAGGGCAAGACAGGCAGGCAGUGGAGCUACUUGAGCGUGUGGUCAAAGUACAAGAUAGAACGCUUGAGGAAGAACAUCCUGAUCGACUCGAUUCUCAGAAUGAACUUGCAGCGGCCUAUCUGUUCGACGGACAGAUUAGGCAGGCAGUGGCGCUGCUUGAGCGCUUGGUCACACUACAAGAGAGAACGCUUGAGGAAGAACACCCUAGUCGACUCGUUUCUCAGCACACUCUUGUGGAGCUGCUUGAGCGUGUAGUCACAGUACAAGAGAGAACGCUUGAGGAAGAGCACCCUAGUCGACUCGCUUCUCAGCGAGAACUUGCAGCGGCCUAUCUAUUCGACGGACAGAUUAAGCAGGCAGUGGCGCUGCUUGAGCGCGUGGUCACACUACAAGAGAGAAUGCUUGAGGAAGAACACCCUAGUCGACUCGUUUCUCAGCACACUCUCGGUCGGGCAUAUCUAUUGGACGGGCAGAUUAAGCAGGCAGUGGAGCUGCUUGAGCGUGUGGUCAUAGUACAAGAGAGAAUGCGUGAUGAAGAACACCCCUAUCGACUGACGUCCCAGCACUCUCUCGCCGGGGUGUAUCAGGCCAAUGGGCAGAUCGAGCAGGCAAUACAGCUACUUGAGCAUGUGGUCGCGGUGCGAGAGAGAACUCUUGAUGAAGACAAUUUUGAGCGACUGGCAUCUCAGCACGACCUCGCAGUAGCAUAUCAUUCUCAUGGGCAGACCAAGCAGGCUGUGGAACUACUUGAGCAUGUGGUCCCGGUGCAAGAGAAAACGCGUGAUGAAGAACACCCCUCUCGACCCACGUCCCAGCACUCUCUCGCCGAGGUGUAUCAGGCCAAUGGGCAGAUCGAGCAGGCAAUACAGCUACUUGAGCAUGUGGUCGCGGUGCGAGAGAGAACGCUUGAUGAAGACAAUCCUGAUCGAUUGGCAUCCCAGAAAGCACUCCAACACGUGAAGCAAUUGAGAUAA